CGUCACUUCCUGCUGUCAUUAGUAAGAUGGCGGUAUUCAGUAGAAGGUUGUUACAGAGCCUCUUCUACGGGUUUAGACAAAGUCUUCCUGUUAUCAGUAAAAGAAGCAGCUUCAACCUAUUAAAAGUUUCCUGGCGAAAAGUAUUUGCAGUGAGUGUUGGUACAAGCCUAUGUGCGAUUCCAGUUGGACAGAGGUCGGAGCCCACACUUUCCAAUGACUCCUUGAUCAAGCGAGCAGCAUCACUGGUGACCGACAGUACAUCCACCUUCCUGUCCCAAACUACAUAUGCACUUAUUGAAUCCCUAACAGAAUAUACAACGGCCGUAUACACGCUAAAAUCUCUACAGCAGAGAUACAUUGCUCUCCUCGAUAAAAUGAACUCAAAUGAGGAAGGAGCCAUUCACCAGGUUAUCAUUGGAGCUUGUGUGCAGAUGAAGAAACUGCAUGAGGAAUACCUGAGAUAUGAGUCGAACUGGCAAAGGGCUAUAAGUCUUUCAGAGAUGGCUGCUGAAGCUGCCUACCAAGCUGGGGCUGAUCAGGCUUCUGUGACUGUUAGAAACCACAUCCAGCUGGUCCAAACUCAAGUGCAAGAGAUUCGUGAAUUGGCUCUGAAGGCAGAGACCCAGCUGGCUGCUAUUCUGACCGAAGAGAUCAUAAAAACCAUUACAGAUGACAAAGACAAUCCUCCCAGCGGCGGUAACCAGAGGAUCAGCCUGUCUGAGGAAGAGGUACCUGAAGCUUAUAUGCGUGAAGAUUAAAUUUCUUGUGCUAUGUAACACUGUAUCUUCACUGCUGGAAGAACUGCUAAAGCGCCCACCAAUAUGCUCAUCUGGGUGCACAGUUCUAUUUUUGCAGACAGACAGGAGUAUUUUAAAGACACGAUUUUAUGUUUCAAAUCAAUCGGAGCUAAUACUGGUAUCUCCUGGAUUGUAAAUGGAGAGCGCCAACUCCAUAAAGAAGAAUAUUUCAAUACCUUACCUGCUCCAAGUUUUCCUAGUAAGUCCCUUCAGCGUUAGGACACUCUGUUACCAGAGUUGCAAAUUGUUUUCAGCUGUAAAUUAGAUCUAGAUUCUGUUUAAAGCAAAAGGUCCAUUUUGCACAGACUUUGCUUGUUAUUGUCUACUUUUUCUAGACCAAGGCGAGUCAAGGAGUUUAAAACUACAAUUUGUAGCUACACAUUCUAGAAAUCAAGACCAUGUUUCAUGUGAUUCUUUUUCUAACUUUAUAUUCUGUGAAUUUCUACAUUCAUCUUAAUAUGCACAAAAACUUGUUUGACUGUGUGUGUACGAGGCCUUGGUGUAGUCUUGCUACUGUAGGCCUUAUUUUUUUUUUAUACUUUUACAAAUGUAUUAAGUUAACUAAAAAUACUUUGUGUAGUUUUAUACAAAACAGGUGGAACCUUUGAAUUGUUUUUCUUUUGGUUUAAAAAGAGAAAGUGUCUUGGACAACACGUAGCAUAGAAACUUCUGAUUGAUGAAGUCAGAUUUGCAAGCAGAGCUGUGCUAUGUUAACAUCAAAUAUAUGGUCGUGUUUUAAAACCUGUUCAAGGAUUGCCAUAGCCGUUCAACUUAAUAUACUCAUCAUAUUUAUAAUUUACAUCCAAUUAAAGUAACUUUUCUAAUUUUGUUAGUUUUUCUUCCUAACAAAUUAUUUCUAAAAAGUAAGUAUUCAUACAAUAUUGUAACCAGUGUUCCUAAUACAGAGAUGUGAAAAAUAUGCAAUGUUUAUUGAUUUACAAAUACACUUUGAACCUCAUGUCUGACUGUAUUUAUAUACUAUACUAUUCAUGGCGUACUAAUCAGAUGCAGUGUUCUCCAUAGACAUUUGAAGAAGCCAGAUGGGGACAGUGUAAUACUUAGAAAAAUGAUAACCAUCUGUAAUUUAUACGUUAUUUAAGUUAUCAAAAGCACAAAUAAAUUGCAUAAUCUAACAUAAA